AUGGUUACCAAUCAGACAGCCAACGACGCCGGCGUGGCCGGCGCGUUCAAUGAUGCGACUAAGCUCCAGUACAUCAACCUCAGCAACAAGCCGCCUUUGUAUAAGAUCUACCCUGACCUGCGAUCCAUACCGCUGCCGGAUGUGGCCGGCUCAUCCGGACCAGAGAUGUCGACGUUGCAGGCCAUCCGUGGCUCCGAACCAAACUCCGAAGGGGGAAGCACGCCAACGGUGCAGACCCUGGCGGAGUUGCUCUAUCACGCAGCCGCGGUGAUUCGGCGUCGGAAUCUGCGGGACGGUGAGGUGCACUAUCGGGGAGCAGCGUCUGCCGGGGCACUCUACCCAACCGAAGUCUACGUGGUUUGCGGUGACCUGGACGGUCUGAGGGCCGGGGUAUACCACUUCAACCCGCUCGAUUGUACUCUGGCGCGCUUGCGAAACGGCGACCUGCGGCGCUGGGUGGGUGCAGCUUCCCAAGACCAUGCCGCAUACCCGGCGACCUUGGUGUUCACGACGGUGUUCUGGCGAAGCGCCUGGAAAUAUCGGGAAAGGGGUUACCGAUAUUGCUACUGGGACCUGGGUACGAUUGCCGCCAAUCUCACCGCAGCGGGGAACGCCGCGUCUACUCCAGUGGGUUUGAAAUUUGGAUUCGUGGACCGUUCGCUAUGCGGGUUCUUGGGGAUUGAUGGGCUUGACGAAGCUCCAUCCCUCUUGGCCACCAUCGGCAACCCGGACGGUACGCUGAACCCGGGUUCAGGUGACGUUCCGGGCAUGUUGCCCCAGGAAAGCAACGACCUUACGGCCGGCGCCCUGGAAUACCCCCUGUCGCGAGAAAUUCACCUCGGUUCCUGGCUGCGGACGAGGGAAGACGUAUCAAUCUGGAAUGAAAAUGGUGUGAAGAGCGACGAUAACCAAAAAGAAGAACUGGACGGCACUGGCGAGCGUUUCCGGCCCUUGCGUUCGGGAUCGGACGGAGCCUUUGACGCCGCGGUGGACCUUUCGUCUCACCCGGCACAAUCGUUGGGCGAUUGCAUCCGUUCGCGAGGCUCGACCAGGCGUUUCGCAACGGAACCGAUUCCUUGGGAGGGUUUCCGCUCGAUCCUGGAAGCGGCAGGGAGCCCGAUCGGCGCGCCGCAGUUAGCGGGUGGGUUUUCGCCGUACAUGAGCAUUUAUUUUAUUGUAAACGCCGUGGACGGCCUUGCCCCUGGAGCCUACUACUACAAUCGUUUCUACAACGGCUUGCGGUUACUCAAGGAGGGAGACCUCAGAGAAACCGCGGGACAUUUGGGUUUUGAACAGGCAUUGCCGGCAGACGCCGCUGCCGUAGCGUUCAUCACCGCCGACUUGCAGUUGAUCGAACGCGAUUUCGGGACCAGGGGAUACCGAAUGGCGCAGACGCUCGCGGGAAUCAUCGGCGGACGUAUAUACCUCGCUUCGCAUGCGCUGGGUUUGGGGGCCACGGGCCUCACGUUUUUCGACGACGCGGUCGUCGAGUUUUUUGAGCCUCACGCCGCUGGCCAAGAAACGGUAUUCGUGGUGCCGAUGGGCAUUCCACACCAGGACAACCGGGUCCGCCCGUUCCGGUCCAGGCUGGCCGUCAGCCUAGACGCCCGGGCCCGGGGUGCGGGACAGGGAUGA